AGUGAGAGAGCAAGAGAGAGAGAGAGAGAGAGAGAGAGAUGGCAGAAAGCUAGGGAAAGAGCUAUCAAACGAGGUGAAGCAGGGGCCUGGCCGGGCAAAUAAGGACCCUGCAAACUUUGCAUCGGAAGAAAUAACACAGUACGGAGCAGAGGACGAAUUUUAUGGCGGAGAGAUACAUUGGAUGAGCGCUAGAGUGCCCGGUGCGUCCUCCGUGCUCCCGUGACGACGGUCGCCGUGCGCGCGCUGCCACCAUGUCUCAGCUGCUCCAUGUGGAGAUCCCCAACUUCGGCAGCACGGUGCUGGGCUCGCUCAACGAGCAGCGGCUGCUGGGGCAGUACUGCGACGUGUCCAUCAUGGUCAAGGGCCAGGCCUUCAAGGCCCACCGCGCCGUGCUGGCCGCCAGUAGCCUCUACUUCCGCGACCUGUUCAGCGGCAGCUCCAAGACGCAGUUCGAGCUACCCUCGUCCGUCACACCCUCGUGUUUCCAGCAGAUCCUGUCCUUCUGCUACACGGGCAAGCUGACCAUGGCGGCCAGCGAGCAGCUGGUGGUCAUGUACACGGCCGGCUACCUGCAGAUCCAGCACAUCGUGGAGCGCGGCAUGGACCUGAUGUUCAAGGCCAACUCGCCGCACUGCGACUCGCAGACGGCCGCCAUCGAGGAGCCCGGCUCCGAGCCGCAGAGUCCGAGCAACAACAACGCCGCCAUGGCCUCUGCGGCGGCCGCCGCCUCUCUGCUGGCCUUCCCGGGCUGGUCGCCGGCGCUGCCCCCGCCCGCGCGACGCAUCAAGCUGGAGGGGGGGGGAGAGGGCGCCCCCCUCAACCUCCAGACGCUCGGCGGGCAGAGCAGGCGCAGCGGCGUGUCUGGGGAGGCCGGCGGGGGGGGGUCAGGCGGCGGCAGCCGGGGGUCAGGAGGGGGGGGUGCCCUGCGGGGCAGCUCGCUCUUCUACGCGGCCGGAGGGGGCACCCCCAUCUUCCCUGGGGUGCAGGGGUACCCGUUGGUGCCUGGCGAGCGCACCAGUCCCGGCGCGUCCAGCUUGCCCACCACCGACAGCCCCACAUCCUACCAGAACGAGGACGAGGAGUUCGAGGAGGAGCCGUACGAUGGCAUCACGGAGGAGGCCUACAGCCAGCUCUACGGCCGAUCGGCCAACCCCUACGGAAUGCAGGAUAAGCCUGAGAUGGCGGCCAUGCCCAUCUCGCUGGAGAGCCGCAACUGCGUCCUGCUGCGCAGGGACCUGGUGGCACUGCCCGCCAGCCUCAUCAGUCAGAUCGGGUACCGGUGCCACCCCAAGCUCUACACGGAGGGAGACCCGGGAGAGAAGCUGGAGCUGGUGGCAGGUUCUGGGGUGUUUAUGACGCGUGGGCAGCUGAUGAACUGCCACCUGUGCGCUGGCAUCAAACACAAGGUGCUGCUGCGUCGACUGCUCGCCACCUUCUUCGACAGGAACACCCUGGCCAACAGCUGUGGGACGGGAAUCCGUUCGUCCACCAGCGAUCCCAGCCGGAAGCCCCUGGACAGUCGAGUGCUCAACGCUGUCAAACUGUACUGUCAGAACUUCGCCCCCAACUUCAAGGAGAGUGAGAUGAACGUGAUCGCGGCGGACAUGUGCACUAACGCGCGGCGCGUGCGGAAGCGCUGGCUGCCCAAGAUCAAGUCCAUGCUGCCCGACGGAAUGGAGGUGUACCGCAGUGGCGGUGGUGUGGCCGUCGCCGCGGCAACGGGACUGGCCCUGGGGCCGUCGUCGGUCGUGGGCGGCUUGUCACUGCCGUUCGAGGCCGAGCUGAAGGCUCUGUACGAGGGACGCAAGGACCUGAGGACUCACCUCCAGCUGGACGGGGGCAGCCCGGGCCCUAGCCCCCCCGCGGAGGCCCCUGAGGGGGAGCAGGUGGUCGGGGGGGUCCAUGGGGUCGGAGAGGAGGAGGUGGAGGAGGAGGACCAGGAGCAGCACCAGGCAGGAGAGGAGGUGGACGGGGCACUGGGGUCCAUGCCAAUGCCGCUCAUUCCAGGCGGAGAGGGGACGAGCGCCUUGCAAGAUGGACAGAGCAGCGCAGAGUUACCCGAAGGGUUGAGGAUUAACGGGCAGUAACGUUAGCCCUCGCUCAUCUUCCUCUCAUCCUCCUCUUCCUCCUCCUCUUUCUCCUCCUCUUCCUCCUCUCCGUUCGGCUUCUCCCUCUUUUUCUCCUGCGUCAAGCCACCGCUGCUCUCCAAAGGAACCUCCCCGCGCCAGAAACACACACACACACACACAGAACAAA